GCCUGGCUGUGGCCGGCUUCGAGUGGAACGCUCUCUUCGUGGUCCUCCUCCUCGGAUGGCUCUUCGUCCCUGUCUACCUCACUGCUGGGGUGAUCACGAUGCCCCAGUACCUGAAGAAGCGAUUCGGGGGGCGGCGAAUCCGGAUCUAUCUCUCCGUCCUCUCCCUCUUUCUCUACAUCUUCACUAAAAUCUCAGUGGACAUGUUCUCGGGGGCUGUUUUUAUCCAGCAGGCUCUGGGCUGGGAUAUCUACGUGGCUGUCAUUGCCCUGCUCAUAAUUACCACCAUCUACACGGUGACAGGGGGGCUGGCAGCCCUGAUGUACACCGAUACCGUGCAAACCUUCGUCAUCAUUGGCGGAGCCUUCAUCCUCAUGGGCUUUGCGUUCUACGAGGUGGGAGGCUACCAGGGCCUCUAUAACAAGUACACGACGGCCCUUCCCAACAAGACCCUCUCCCUCGCCCCGGCCCAGUACAACAUCUCCGCCAACUGCUACCAGCCCCGCCCUGAUGCCUUCCACCUCUUCCGCGACCCCCUGACGGGAGACCUCCCCUGGCCAGCGCUCAUCUUCGGCCUCACCAUCAUCUCCACCUGGUACUGGUGCAGCGACCAGGUGAUUGUGCAGCGUUGCCUGGCAGGCAAGAGCCUGACACACGUCAAAGCCGGCUGCAUCCUCUGCGGGUACCUGAAGCUGCUGCCAAUGUUCCUCAUGGUGAUGCCCGGCAUGAUCAGCCGCAUCCUCUAUGCAGAUGAGGUGGCAUGUGUGGUGCCAGAGGAAUGCAAGCGAAUCUGUGGAACUGAAGUUGGCUGCUCCAACAUCGCCUACCCCAAGCUGGUGGUGGAGCUCAUGCCUGCCGGUCUGGGGGGGUUGAUGCUGGCCGUGAUGUUGGCUGCCCUGAUGAGCUCCUUGGCCUCCAUCUUCAAUAGCAGCAGCACCUUGUUCACCAUGGACAUCUACAACCGCCUGCGGCCCCAGGCCCGGACCAAGGAGCUGCUGAUUGUGGGCAGGGUGUGGAUUCUGUGCAUCGUGGCCGUCAGCAUUGCAUGGAUCCCAGUGGUGCAGGCGGCGCAGAGCGGGCAGCUCUUUGAUUACAUCCAGGCCAUCGCCAGCUACCUGGCACCACCCAUCGCUGCUGUCUUCUUCCUCGCCGUCUUCGUCAAGAGGGUCAAUGAGCCUGGUGCAUUCUGGGGACUGGUCGGGGGUCUGCUGAUGGGCCUGGCCCGUAUGCUGCCUGAAUUUGCCUAUGGCACCGGCAGCUGCAUCUUCCCCAGCGCCUGCCCCCGCCUCAUCUGCGGGGUGCACUACCUGUACUUCGCCAUCAUCCUCUUCCUCGCCAGCGUCACCCUGGUGCUGGGGAUCUCACUCUGCACCCCGCCCAUCCCCGAGAAGCACCUACACCGGCUGGUGUUCAGCCUGCGUCACAGCAAGGAGGAGCGCGUGGACCUGGACAUGGAGGAUGAGGAGAGGAGGAGGAAAGAACUGAGACAGCAGCAGGGCGUGGCCGAGAACGGGACUGUGGAGCAUGUGAUGGAGGGGGAAGGGGGGACUCUAAAAGACUAA